AUGUCUAGGCAAGAAGCAGGAGCCAACGCUUCGUCUUGGGUCGUUGCUUCGCGGCAAAACUCGACUGCGCCCCGGGCUCCGGAGAGGAGGCCGGCGGAGGAGCUGAAUCGACGAGGUCGGGGAAGUAGUAGGGGCGGCAGAGGUGGCGGCUGGAGAGACUCUUCUGGCCUCCCUGAAGCUGUGGCGGCUGGUCGCGGGGAACCGCCGCUCUGCUUUGGAUUCAAGAACGACUUGGUCGGAGCGGUGAUCGGUCGUGGAGGGUCAAAAAUAAAAGAAAUCCAAAAUAUGACAAAUACCAGGAUACAGAUAAUAAAAGGAAAUCCUGAGGCAGAAGUCAAAAUUUUUGGCAACAAGGCCAUGCAAAUAAAAGCAAAAGCAGUGAUAGAAAAUUUUGUUAAAAAACAAGAAAAUAAUAAUUCUGAACGCAAAGUUGACAUUGUCGCAUUCCAACCUUCUGCUGGAAGAAAUGCAAUCACAAAUGACAGUGUUACAGAAGAUCAGCCAUUGAUAGAUUGGGAUCAAAUUCGAGAGGAUGCUGUGAAAUGGGAAAAAAAAAAGUGGGCAGAUUUACCUCCAAUUAAGAAAAACUUUUACGUUGAAUCACCAUCAACUAGUUCUAUGACAGAAGUGCAAGUAGACAACUGGAGGAAGGAAAAUUUUAAUAUAACAUGUGAUGACUUGAAAGAUGGUGUGAAGCGCCCUAUCCCCAAUCCUACCUGUAAAUUUGAAGAUGCCUUUCAAUGUUACCCUGAAGUUAUGGAAAACAUUAAAAGGGCAGGUUUCCAGAAGCCAACUCCAAUUCAAUCACAGGCAUGGCCAAUAAUUCUACAAGGAAUAGAUCUUAUUGGAGUGGCACAAACAGGAACGGGGAAGACACUAUCAUAUUUAAUGCCUGGAUUUAUUCAUCUGGAUUCUCAACCAGUAGAUAGAGAGAAAAGGAAUGGACCUGGAAUGUUAGUCCUUACACCAACUCGGGAACUGGCUCUUCAGGUUGAAGCUGAAUGUUCUAAAUAUUCAUAUAAAGGUCUUAGGAGUGUUUGUGUAUAUGGUGGUGGAGAUAGAGAUGGACAAAUACAAGAUGUUUCAAAAGGUGUAGACAUCAUUAUUGCAACUCCCGGAAGACUGAAUGAUCUGCAAAUGAAUAACUUUGUGAACUUGAGAAGUGUAACAUACUUGGUUUUAGAUGAAGCAGACAAGAUGCUGGACAUGGGAUUUGAACCCCAGAUAAUGAAGAUUUUGUUAGAUGUACGCCCUGACAGACAGACUAUUAUGACAAGUGCUACUUGGCCAUAUGCUGUCCGUCGACUUGCACAGUCUUAUUUGAAAGAACCAAUGAUCGUCUAUGUUGGUACUUUAGAUCUCGUUGCUGUAAAUACAGUGAAGCAAAAUAUAAUCAUCACAACAGAGGAAGAGAAGCGAACUCAUAUUCAAACUUUUCUUGAGAGUAUGUCACCUAAAGAUAAAGUCAUUGUGUUUGUCAGCAGGAAAGCAGUUGCUGAUCACUUAUCAAGUGACCUAAUUCUCAGACACAUAUCAGUAGAGUCUCUUCAUGGCAACAGGGAACAGAGUGAUCGUGAGAAAGCAUUAGAGAACUUUAAAACAGGUAAAGUGAGAAUAUUGAUCGCUACUGAUUUGGCAUCUAGAGGUCUUGAUGUACAUGAUAUCACACAUGUAUAUAAUUAUGAUUUUCCACGGAAUAUUGAAGAAUAUGUACACAGAGUAGGGAGAACUGGAAGAGCAGGGAGAACGGGCAUGUCAAUUACUCUUAUCACUAGAAAUGAUUGGAGGGUUGCCACUGAAUUGAUUAAUAUUCUGGAAAGAGCAAAUCAGAGUAUUCCAGAGGAGCUUGUCUUAAUGGCUGAGAGAUACAAGGCAAAUAAACUGAAAAGAGAAAUGGAAAAAAAAAUGGGAAGACCUCAAGGAAAGCCCCAAAAGUUUUAUUAA